CAGACACCUCGGUAGCUUUCAAGCAAGCACAGCUACAACAUUCACGCUCUUUACACUGUUUUGGUGUAAUUAGUCGCUGUGUAUUCAACACAUUUCUGUCGUAUGUACUUGUUGGCCCAUUUAAUUAUAUAUUUACGUUGUUUGUCAGCUAGCUGGUUUGCUAAAUUAGCUUAGAGCUAGGCUAGUCGGUAAUGCUAACUAGCUAACACCCCCGACCAUGAGUUCACUAAGCUACUCUCCUGAUAAAGAAGAGGUCUGCUGGACGGAGAAAGAAGGUCUUGUGAAAGAGGAGGAGGAAGAGAAGGAUGUUACACUACAAAAACAAGUAGAGGGUGAGACUCUUUCCGUGAAAAAAGAAGAGGAAGACGCGUUCAGAGUGAAAGAGGAGGAUGUUACAGUAAAAGAAGAGGGGGAAGAGAAAGAGGGUGCAGUUUUUGGAGAGGAGGGGGAGAUGACUGUAACAUUGGAGGAAGAAGAGGAGGUUGGAGAUCUGUUUAACACCAGAGAGAUACUUCACUAUCGUGGAUCCUCUAGGGAGCCUCACCAACCUCAUGAUGCUGAACAGGCAGAGAAGAAUCUCUCCAGAUCAGAACACCUCAAUAAACACCUGCAGAGAUCCACAGGGAAGAGAACUCACUACUGCUCUGACUGUGGGAAGAGAUUCACCUCAUCAGGCAUAAAAAUUCAUCAGAGAACACACACCGGAGAGAAACCUUUUUGCUGUGUUCAAUGUGGGAAGAGUUUUUCAACAUCUGGCUCUCUGACGCUGCACCAGAAAACACACACAGGAGAGAAACCUUAUAGCUGUGGUCAAUGUGGGAAGAGUUUUGGUAGAUCUUGCUAUCUGACUCAACACCAAAAGACACACACAGGAGAAAGACCUUAUAGCUGUGGUCAAUGUGGGAAGAGUUUUGGUCAAUCUUGCCAUCUGACUCAACACCAGAAGACACACACAGGAGAGAAAUUAUAUAGUUGUGGUCAAUGUGGGAUGAGUUUUCUUCGAUCUGGAGAGUUGACAGUGCACCAGAGAAUACACACAGGAGAGAAACCGUACAGCUGUGAUCAAUGUGGGAAGAGUUUUGCUGCAUCUAGAACUCUGACUCAACACCAGAGAACACAAACCUUAUAGCUGUGGUCAAUGUGGGAAGAGAUGUUCAACAUCUGGUCAUCUGACUGUACACCAGAGAAUACACACAGGAGAGAAACCUUAUAGCUGUGAUCAAUGUGGGAAGAGAUGUUCAA